UAUACAAUUUCUCAUGGGCCUCAACGAUCCUUAUUCCUCCUCACGAGAUCAGAUUAUGCUUAUUGAGCCCCUACCCCCUCUUAAUCGGGUUUUCUCCAUGAUUCAACAACAAGAACGUCAACACCUCAUGCUUCACCAAUCCCCCACCCCUAACCUUAUGGCUAUGUUGGCUAAAAAUACUUUUUCAUCCUUCAAACCAAACCAGAAAUCAGUCUGCCCCUACUGCCCUCAUUGUAAAAUUCAGGGUCACUCCUUUGAGAAUUGUUUCAAGGUAGGAAAUGCUACUCCACCUCUGUGUUCCCACUGCAAUAUGACUGGUCAUUCCAUUGACAAGUGUUAUAAACUACACGGGUACCCACCUGGUCAUAAACUCCAUGGAAAGACUAAGAGUUCUACUGCUGCUGUCGCUUCAUCUCUGCCUUGUUCCAAUGAAGAUCUUGAUAAGGAACCUACUGAGCCCAUGGCUCUCACCAAGAGCCAAUACAAUCAACUCCUUGUGUUGCUGCAUUCUAAGGAUUCCAGUUCAGCUAUGGCCUCCAUCUCGGUUGCUCCACCCUCAACAUCUUCUAAUCCUAUUCACAACUCCAAAGUUUCUGGACUUAGCUUCAUGGACAACGAUUGGGAUGGGUGAAGUGAGAGGAGGCUUAUAUCAUCUGCUGCGAUUUGAUGUGUCACCCUCAGCUUUGGUUGAUAUUUUUCCAGCUUUUUCUCAUCAAGACCAGCCUCUUAGUGCUUCUGUUACUUGCAAGGAUUCCAAUCCUGAUUUGUGGCAUUAUAGGCUUGGUCACAUUUCAUUUUCUAGACUUCUUUUAAUCACUGAUCCCCUUGUAC